AUGAACGUAUCCUGGAAGGACAAGAUCACGAAUGUGGAGAGUCUCUGCCUUGCAGGACUACUAUCAAUGGCUGAUAUUCUCAUUGAGAAAAAUCUAAGACGGCUGGGUCACGUGCAUAGGAUGGAUAAUAACAGACUACCAAAUUAGCUGUUAGCUGCUACAAAAUAUGCAGCUGUCAACUCUGUUUGGUAAUGCGUGAUCAAGGGAGGCCUAGAUUAAGGUCCACAGAUGUUUCAAUUGAAGGAAAACAUGAAUUCAAAUGGAGAGACAUCAAUCUCAACCGAUGGCAGGAGAGUGCCAACGACAUACCUAUCUGGAGGAGACUUAUCAAACUUUGCUGAAACCUAGAACAGUCUUAGUCGAACCGACUGACUGCCAUGUUGAUGAUAUUAUUGGCCGUUCCAACCAUCUCUAA